AUAAAAAAGUGUAGAGAAAGAAAAAAAGCUGCGCAGACAAUAAAGAAUCGAGUUGGUGUAUGAGUUGGGUGUUGCUGGUUGGAUGUUGAGAACAAACUGAGAGAGACGCACCUACCUAAGUUAAGCAUCAAUUCAAUUCAAUUCAAUUCAAUUCAAUUCAAUUUGCUAAGGAUUUGUUUCUUAUCAAUCCAAAUCUAUAUUCAAUUUCUCUCUCUGAAUGGCAAAUCAGAGAGAGGACAUGCUCGAUCACGUACCUCUUUUCGCCAAGGAGCUUCUCGCCGGUGGCCUCGCCGGUGGUUUUGCCAAGACCGUCGUUGCUCCUCUCGAACGCGUCAAAAUUCUCUUUCAGACCAGGAGAACCGAGUUUCAUAGCACGGGAUUGUCCGGAUCAGUUAGCAGAAUCUUCAAAACAGAAGGUGUUUUGGGUUUCUACAGGGGAAAUGGAGCAAGUGUGGCAAGGAUUAUUCCUUAUGCAGCUCUUCAUUAUAUGUCCUAUGAGGAAUACCGCAGAUGGAUUGUGCUAACUUUUCCUAAUGUUUGGAAAGGUCCUACCCUUGAUCUUAUGGCAGGCUCACUCUCUGGAGGGACAGCUGUACUUUUUACUUAUCCGCUUGACUUAAUUCGGACUAAGUUAGCUUAUCAGGUUGUUAGUCCAACAAAGUUGAAUGUUUCGGGAAUGGUAAAUAAUGAACAAGUUUAUAGAGGGAUCCAUGAUUGUUUUUCAAAAACAUAUAAAGAAGGUGGCAUUAGAGGUCUCUAUAGGGGUGUAGCUCCAACACUCUUUGGAAUAUUCCCAUAUGCUGGUUUAAAGUUCUAUGUCUAUGAGGAAAUGAAGCGUCAUGUCCCUGAGGAGCACAAGAAAAGUAUCAUGGCGAAACUCACAUGUGGAUCCGUGGCCGGUUUAUUGGGUCAGACCUUCACAUAUCCUCUUGAAGUUGUCAGGAGGCAAAUGCAGGUUCAAAAUCGCGGGGCAUCUAAUGAAGCCGAAUUGAAGGGGACUUUGAGAUCUGUUGUUUUGAUUGCUCAAAAGCAAGGGUGGAAGACCUUGUUUUCAGGGCUGAGUAUCAAUUACAUAAAGGUUGUUCCAUCUGCAGCCAUUGGGUUCACAGUUUAUGACAGUAUGAAAUCAUUUCUGAGAGUACCGUCAAGAGAUGAAGCAGCAGUUGAAGUGGUAACUAACAAAAGAAUCACCCAACCAUCCUCACAGUACUAAUAAGCUCUUCUAACUCCUAACAGGCUUCAAACUGGCUUCUUCUUCCCAUUCUAUUCACAUUAUUCCUAACAUAUUAUUUUAGAUGCACAAUGCAUUCUUACAGAUUGUACAGAGAGAUAGAGGUCACUAUACCAAGAAACCAUACCUUGAUUCAGAUCUCAUUGAUUUCGUUAAUUAGACAGUAAAAACUAUGUAAUGUUUGACAUAUAGUCACAUCCAUUCACUGUAUUUGGUUUAUUUUGAGCAACCACUGAAUUUCUCUAUUACCUUCUAAA